AUGUCUCAUCGGUUGCUGAAGCGACUUAGCCUGUGUCACUUGGUGAUGCAGGCGCUGGUCAUGAAGACACUCAUGUCUUCACAGAGUAUGAGCUCGGUGUCUCAUACUCUCCCGAUACGACGGACCGACGGAUCCGUAUCGACGGCGAUCGAAACCAAGCCACCUGCCAAGCGUGGCAUGGAUGAUGCUAUGCGUCGUAGCAUCUUUGGUUCAUCUGACGAAUCAGAUGAACCAUCGCCAAAGCGAAGUCGCUCGAGGUGCCAGUCUUCUGUCGACACGUCGCAAGAAGAGCGGGACCGCAGUGUGUUGUGUCUCGCUCCCGAGAAGAAGGCAUGGAUGCCUCCAAAAUACGUCAUGGAUCACUUGUCGGCGACGACGAGUGAGAGCUAUCGAACACGAUUGUUCGAUUCGUCAAGGAUCCAUCACCUUGAACCCAGUGCGAAAAACUAUCGCGCUGAGAAUGAGUUCUUCAUCGAUGCUUUCUUUGAACAUCGAUGGUACAGUGGUAAUCACGAACGUGAUGGUCCCUCACUGCUUCAAGCGUGGAACGCUUACAUCCAUAACCUUGAGAAUGUAGGCCGUGACGUUUGGAACGACAAACUUAUCAAAGCUCGUGAUAAGUUUGAAAAGCGAACCCCGACAGGUGCACGCUACAAGCUGCAUCGUCUGUCUAAGGAAAGUGGGUUAACCUGCCUCUCUUGGGGAGACUCGUGCCCAUGUUGUGUGAACAACUCUGCGCGCGCACCUAAGGAGACUUACCUCCUUACUAGCCCGUGGUGGCGCGUACGUAUCUCUACUGAGAUGUACGAAGGGAUUGACAACCUGAAAUCCCUUUACGACCGUGCCGGGAAGACUUUCUCCGGUGGUCCUUCUGCGGCACAGGAUGUGCCGCGUCGUACUGCUCGACCAGACCCAGUACGUCAACCAUCAGUUGAGAGCGGGGCUCCCAAGAAUCCCAGGACGGGGGAUAGCCGCGCCACCGGACGAGGUAACUCGUCCGACGUCCGUUUACAUCGCGGUGGUUCAACAGCUGCUCAACCAGAUAGCGCUGGCCACCGCGAGAGUCCUCUAAUGGAUGUGAAGGAGGAGGACAGUCGUCUUCAACUGGCGGACACUGUCUUGAAGCAUCGAGCUGAGUUUGCCUUUGCUCAGCUUGAGAACGAGAGAGCUCUGACAUCUCUGCGUGACGAGCUAAGGGUAGCUCGUGUGGAUAUUGACCGGUCUCGGGCUGAGAUAACUGCUCUUAAGACCCUUGUCGAUGGCCACCAUCGGGAGCACAAGGCUCUCUGUGAGAUGCUUGAGCGCAAGGGCGUUCUUCAUCGGAAGAAGCAGCGUACUGAUGGUACGGCUUAA